UGUCAAAACUUCCGCAUCGUUCUAACUUCUCCACGCAUGCACAUCGUCAAUUGCUAAAUCUCCGAUAAUACCGCGUGCAUUCGAUCCAUAAAGUGACCUGACGUCUCCACCAUCGCUAAACAAACCUAAUUCCAACCUCAAUCAUCCCUAACCACUCGCUGCAACACACGGAUAUCUCGAAUCUUCAUCCCACCAACCCACCACCACAACCACCCACACAAACACGCGCGCAAUGGUCCGCCUCAAACACCGCUACCUCCUCCUUGAUAUCCUCUACCCCGAUCCGUCGACGUGGCCUGCCACGAGUGCGAAAAAUGCACUGAAGUCCCUAUCCAAGUCGCAAUCGCAAUCACAAUCGCAGCUACAGAUCCAUUCGCCCACAUCUGAUGCCUUGACGCCGAGCUUGUUGGCCAAGAUGGUUAGGGAGGAAGUUGCGGAGUUGUUUGGUGAUUAUGGGGUUGGGAGGCUAGGUGGUGCUGGGGCGGGGGUUGUCAGUGUGAAAUAUCUUUCGCCUGCUACGUCAACCGCUAUUAUCCGCUGUCCGCGUGCGUCUUUCCGUCUUGUUUGGACGGCCCUCACGUGUAUGUCUGAGGUGCCUGGGAUUACUGAGAAUGGGUCGAGACGACCGACGAGUUCGAGGUCUUGUGUGUUUCGUGUGAUUCGCGUGUCUGGAACGAUGCGCAAGGCGGAGGAAGAGGCGAUUCGACGCGCGAGGAGGGAGAUUGUGCGGUUGAGGGGCGCGGAGGAGAGUGGAGUGCUUGAGGGGUUGUUGGGUGGGUUGGUCGAUGCGCAUGAAGGUACUCCGCUUACUGGGAGUGCUGAGGAUGUUAUGGGGGAUGAGGAUGUUAUGAUGGAGAGUGAGGAUGAUGAAUGAGUAUGGGAUAUGGUAUUAUUGGACGGCAUCUAUUUAGGUGCCUGUACCUUGCAUGGGGGAGUUUUGUCUUGCUAAUCAUUUCAUUAGAGAUACCCUAUUAUACAGUGUGUGAAUAGAUGCUGGGAUAGAUUCAUG